CCGGCGUUUGGCAGCGCACCGGCCUUUGGCGGGGCGCCGGCGUUCGGAGCCAUGGGCUCCACCGGGUUUGGCGGGCAGUCGGCGUUCGGCGCCAACACUGGGUUUGCCAGCACUGCGGGUGACCUGAGUUUCGGAGCCCUGGCCUCCAGUGCCCAACAACAGGGUUCUCCACAGCAACCGACGGCCACACCGUUUGGCGGCGGCUUCUCGGGGUUCGGCUCGUCGUCCGACGCAUUCUCGUUCACCCAAAGGAGGAAAUGAUUGGAGUUUUGUUUGAAUGCAAAUGUUUUUGUAGUUAUUUUUUAAUGAAUUGAAGUUUUUUUAAUGUGUG